CACGUAGAGUCGAUGCACCGGCGACUCAGCUGUGUUAAUCAGCCUCUUCCUCAUUAUGAUACACCGGACAUAUCUCUGUAUAAGGAACUGAACCCGAACUAUCAGCGGAGGUGUUCAGACCGUUUGGAUGGAGCUUGCUGUUGAGUUUUCUUAAUAAUCUCGGUUAGGCUGAUUAAACAGACAGGUUGGGGUUGAUUUGUCAUCACAUCCAGUGGGAAUUAAAGUCAUAUGGUCAGAGAGUCAGAGGGGAGGACGUUUGAAGAUGGACAACGACAUUCCCCCUUCCAGGGUGGAGAGGACUUUCUGGACAGUUUGGUACUAUAUAACCGGAGCUGUGAACAGACUCCUCAGACCAGAGCCCACUGACCUCGUUAGCAAUGACCCGACAUCCCUCCAGGAUUCUGCAGUUGACAGCGAGCCUGCAAACUGUGGCCAUGCAGAGGGUGAAGCUAGCGCAAGAGAAGUCAAUGAGGAACAGUCUCUUGCGACAGUCUCUGUGCUUAGCUCAUCUCGGCCCGUUGUUGCCUGGGAACUUUGCACCACAGACAUUGACUUAGGGUCUGAUGAUGAAAGCAUGCAGUACAAAACCCAGCUGAGCAGAGGCAGUGAGGGCAAAGCAUCUGAGGAAGGUGAGGGCACGAGAGAGGAACAGUUUGCCCAAACAGGCAAUGAUGAUGCAGGGCUGCCUGUCGCUAAUGCAAAGGAAGACGAACAAAAAGAAGGAGUUCGGAAAUUGUACGCACACGAACGAGAUGAGACACCGGAGAAUGAUGAGUCUGAAGAUCAUGUGAACACCAGGUCAAUACUUACAGGUGAUGCAAUGAGUGAAGACGUGGAGGAAAUUGGAACAAAUGCUGGUGCUGAGGAGGAGACUGAGAGGGCACUGACACCGAAUGAUCAAAAAAUGGAUGCAACCCUGACAAAGAUCCAAGUAACGGAAGAAGACAAUAAAAUGUACCAUGAAGAUGAACAAGAUUUGGAGGCAGAAGACAUUGAAGUACAAUUGUGCACGAUCACAGAUUUGAGUCUAGAAGAGGAGGAUAACAUGCACAUAGAAGAGGCAAUGGUGCAGAUGGAUCAGACAGAUAGAGCAGCGACAAACGAGGACGUAGAAAACAAUGAUGGUGAGUUACUGCUGGCCUCCAAAAAUGAAAACAAGUCUGAUGAGGGAGCAAAUUAUGUUGAAAAUCAGCUGUCAAUCUGUGAACUCUUGUCAGAUGACAACAGAGAUUACAAGGGAGACCCAAGCUUCACUACACAGCAUGUUGAAUUACAAAUGGCACACGACAAAAGUGGCAUUGUUUCUGAAGAUGAUUUAAUAGUUGUUGGACAAGAGCAUGUGAUGGUUCAUAGAAGUGAAAGUGAUGAAGUUGAGGAUAUGAAAGAGAAGGAGGAUGCAAGCACAUUGGAUGAGAGGGAGGAGGGUCCUGUCAUUGAGGAAGAAAAUGUGAAUGAUGCUGCAAACAGCCAGACAAAAGAUGAAAUGCAGGAGCAGGAAGAUGACAUCAAAUCAGUUACAGAAGAUAGUCAAGAAGAAGACAUUUCAACUGGAAAUGUUACAUGCAGCGAAGAAGUUGUACAAAAUGUUCAAACAGAGCUGCAUGCAGCUAUAUUCACAAAGCGAGAGGAUGUGGCUAAGGACACCGAAGUGCAAACCAAAAUAAGAGAAACAGAUGACGUUGAAACAGAAAGCCACGGCAAAGUGUUCGAUGUAAAGUUUGAUGUGACAACAACAGACAUUUCUGUAGCAGAGAUAUGUUUUGAUAAAGAUCAAGUAGAAGAGGAGAGCCUCUCCAGUGAAGUAGGAAACAAAGAAAGUUACUUGGAAGUGGUAUGCACAGCCACCUCAGUUACAGUAAAACCUGAAGGCGAGACUGGACAGGAAAUAAGUGGAGACUUUAAAAAUAUUCCCGUGGGGAUAUGUGAAGGCCGGCUUGUUGUGUCACAGGAGCUAAAUUCUCCAACAUGUGAGGAAACACAAGAGGGAGUUCCUGAAUACAACAAUGAGCCAGGGCCAAAUGAAAACACAACACAAAGGUUCCUGGAAGUAAGAGCUUCGGGGGAAAUCCAGUCUAUGCAAUUUCCAGAAGAGAUGGAGAGCAAAGAACCCGAGAACCUUCAAAACAGUGGCUGUAGCGCUGGAGCUGAGUAUUUACCAUUGAGGGAGCAUAUGGAAGAGGAACAAGAAAGCACAGGAGAUAUUAAGAAUAGCUUUGAUCCGGUUGUGGAGGAGCAUGCUGAAAGACUGCGCCUUACUGAUGCUGGAUUGCCUCAAGAAACGGAGACACCACUUGUUGAACCAGUAAUUCAAGAAUCUGGACUUUUAUUUGAGGAAGAGGAAGGAAAAGUAUUGCUUUACUCAAUGAAGACAGGGAUUGAACACUCAGAAAAGCAAUUGGAGACCCACAGUGGCUUAACAGAUGAGAGCGAUAAGACAACAGAAGAGCUGCAAGAUGGUACUGAGGAAUUGUUGGUUGAAUUUGAGAAAAAGGAGAAGCUAUGUGAAUCCAAAGAAGCUGAAGCUGCUGGAGAUGGCCAUGAGGUGACAGGAAUUAUAACAGCAGUGGAAGUGGUCGGAUUCACUGAUGAAACCUUAAAAUUCCUUGAGGCUGAAGAAGAGAAAAUGACAGCGAUCAGCUUCUUUCAGGAGUCUGUAGAUGCCAUAAACUCGGAGCAAAACAGCUACCAGACACAUAGUUUACUAGAAGACUUUAAUGAAACUGGACUCCUGAAGCAGUCGGCUGAGACUGAGCCUAAAUUAUGUGAAGAUAAUACUGUAGAAGUGCAAGAUGCAGGGAUACAUAUGGAAGAAACGGUUUAUGGAGUUGAGGAGGAAGCAGCAAUAGAUGAAAUGUUGAGCAAAAAUGAGAUGGAAUUUUUAAAUCAGCAGGCAGUGGGAAUGGCAGCCGAGCUAGUCAUAGAAAGGAAUGAAGAAGAGAAUGCAGAAUCUGAGUCGUCUAGAAUAGUUGAGACACUGGAAACAGAAAAUCAGCUAUCAGACGAAGCACUUGAGAUGAGCAGUGAGGAGUCUGAAGCAGCUGAUGAAUCAAUGACAACUGAGUCCAAGCCAAAAGAUUUGACUGAAAUAUCAGCAGAGGAAACGGAAAAGUGUGUGACAGAAUCAGACAGGAGUUACACUAAAGAAACAGUUAGCCCAGUCAGUGGAUGUCCAGAUGUGAUUGAUGAAGAAAUCCUUGACUUGUGGAUAGAGACGGCAUUGUCAGAGGACACUGAUGAUGUAAAACAAGAAGAAGACCCUGGACAACAAAUAGACAUGGAAAUGGAGCCAUCAAAUGAGAAACCAGAUGAAAUGUCAUCGGUGCAGAGAGAGAAGGUUAGAGAGCAACUUGUGGGGUCAAAUUCAGGAGAAUCUGAACUGGUGAGUGACACAGAAAUGUCUUCAUCAACAGCAGAGUCUGGAUUUUUGGACCAGUCUCUUAGUGAAUGGGGCACACAGAACAGUGAAACUCAGCUACUGAAAUCAACCAGCACCGGGUCAUUUCAUGGCAUAUAUGACAUGUCAGUUAAUAUGUCAGAAUCAGGAGACAUCUCUGAACUGUCUACACAACAACCUAACUCUGAAUCUCAGGAUAUAUUGAUGGAGGAAACAGCUGAGACAGUGCAAACAUAUCUGAAAGAGGAGGAAUCAAUCACAGAGACAGGAUUUCACCCUGAUUCUGGAGUUUCUUCAUCAGAGGCUACACAUCUAGAUCAGAAAUCGGAUGAAUCGCAAGAAAAAACAGAUGAAGAAACUGGAUCACAGAAAGAGAUUGAUGCUGAGGUACCAGACCCAGCAAGGAAAACUGAAUGGAAAGACACUGAAGAAUCAGAUGUUAAGUCACUGAAAGAAAUUACUGCUAUUAUCGAAGUCGAAGAAACUAAACUUGAAGAUGAGCCUCUUGUGUUAACUGUCUCUGAACCUCCAGAGGGAAUUGAACACACUGAACCAGGACGAUCUAGAAGUGGCUCAGAGACAUUAGAUAUAUCGACAGAAACUGGAUCACAAGGCGACACCUUCACUGAGUUAGAGAAGACGUUGUUCAAGUUGCCCUCACUGGACAAACCACAGCCCACAUGGUCAGAAGAUAAUACCGAUCCAUUACCUGGGCUGAAUGAGGCUGUAGAACAGCCAACAACAGAGUCUGAAGACCAGAUGGAGGUAGAUGCCUCUGGGCUGGACUUCUCUGCGCAAAGGUCAAGAAUUGCUGUUAAAAACCCUCUUGUAAGGCCACCAAAAGAUCCCCGCUCUCUGCUACUUAUGCCCUCUGUGGAGCCCACACCCUCUUCACGUCUCCCAGUCAAAGUCCCUGCAGGUCUGCCUUUGGGAGGCUUGGGCAUUGGAAUAAAACUGCCUGGGCUUGGUGCAGGUUUUCCGGUCUUAAAAAAGACACAACGAAUAGUGAGAGAUGAAAAUAGCCCUGACACCGUCUCACAGGAACCUGAUGCAAAGCCAGCGGAGAAGAGUGACACUCCCAAACAAGAUGAGAUCCAACAUAAACCUAAAUGGAUGCCACCAAAACAUCCAGGGUUUGGAAAUCCACUUAUGUCUGAGCUGAAGACCAAACUGAAGAAAACCACAAAAGAGUGACAAGAAGAUGAAUUUCUUUGUGUGAAUAGCUGAAUAUAAUAUAAAAAUUGCUUUAUUUUUUAUGUACCUAUCAAAGUGGAUACAAUGUUGAAAUGUCAAUUACUUGCCUUAUGUUUAACUUUUGUAAUAAAGCUUAACUGAAAAAGGAA